GACAAGGGCAGGGGUGGUGUUGACAAUUAACCUUGAAGUAGAUCUGGAAUCUACCACUCUCUCUCUCUCCUAGUCUCGUCUCUCCCCCCGUCUCCCUCAAAAAUAUAAAGAUUAGAUUAGAGAGAGAAAGAGAGGGACUUUCCAACUCUACUCAAACAAAAGACCUGCUUGUUUUGCUACUCUCUUCAAACCCUACUCAUCAUACUCCCCUCACUCUCUUCUUCUGCUUCUCUUUUCUUUCUCACUCUCUGCUUGCUUUGCUUUGCUUUCUCUCUGAGAGAAACAGAGGGAGAGAGAGGGGCAAAAACCCAAAACCCAAGAUGGGUUCUUUACAGUAUGAAGUCACGAACCUACUGUUCGGAAAGAUCAAGGCUUUGGAGCCUGAAAAUGCCAUCAAAAUCAUGGGCUAUCUUCUCAUACAAGAUCUUGGCGAGAACGAUUUGAUGCGCCUGGCUUAUGGCCCAGAUACCCUCUUGCACUCUCUGAUUCUCAGAGCCAAAAUCCAGUUGGGACUUUCCUCCAACACUUCGUCAUCUUCCACCCCAUCUUCUCCUUCCCCUCUAAACCCCAUAGCCAGACCCACCAGCGCCAGCAACCCAUUCUCACAGUCCUCCCCCAGAAUCCCAAACGGUGCUUUUGACUUUCCCAAAAACCCAUCUUCUCCUUCCUCCAAUUCCUGGCCUCUUUCUGCCUUCCCCAACAACUCCAUUAGCCCCAAGUCCAGUCCUCUGCUCUCUUACGACAAUAUCCGGGCCGGCGCCGGAGCCGGCUCGGUCCCACUUCCCUUGCAUUCCAAACACUCCGGCAAGGACGGUGAUGUUUGGUCCGGCACUGACCUCAUUGACGAGCACCAACUGAGCGACUACUUGUCUUUCCUCAAUGACACCUCCUCCUCUUCCAGGCCCGACGAUUUCAUUGAUCCCCGGCUCGAAUUGGGCCACGGGGUUCCCGACUGGGCUCACUCUCUCAACAAUGGCGACGCCCACUUGCACAGGAGGAGCUAUUCCGCCAGUGACGCCUGUUUCGGGACCGAAGACGCCGCCCUGGGUGGCGGCUUCAAGCCCUGCCUCUACUUUGCUAGAGGGUUUUGCAAGAAUGGGAGCAAUUGCAAGUUUGUGCAUGGCGGUUUCGGCGAGUCGGUCGAUGCCGGUGCCGCUGGUGGUGGUGGCAUUGUGGGCUCCCCGAGUAAGUUCGAUGGUUUCGAGCAGCUACAGCAUGAGGAGAUGCUGAGGUUGAAGGCUGCUGCCCAUCAACAGAGAUUAGCUGCUGCUGCUUCUCAGUUUAUGGCUGGAGGAGGCCCAUCUUCUCCUUACAACAAGUAUAUGAAUUUCCUCUUGCAACAGCAAAAUGAUCCCCAAAGAGCUGCGGCAAUCAUGAUGGGGGAAGAAUUUUACAAGUAUGGGCGGUGCCGACCUGAAAGGAACGACCUUUUGGCAAUGGCUUCUGUUGAAAAGGCCACCUCGGCUUCCAGGCAGAUCUACUUGACAUUCCCAGCUGAGAGCACCUUUAGAGAUGAAGAUGUUUCGGAAUACUUCAGCAAGUAUGGGCCGGUUCAAGAUGUACGGAUUCCAUAUCAGCAGAAAAGAAUGUUUGGGUUUGUUACGUUUGUCUACCCAGAAACUGUCAGGCUCAUAUUGUCCAAAGGGAAUCCACAUUUUAUAUGCGAGUCACGUGUUCUUGUCAAGCCCUAUAAGGAGAAGGGAAAAGUCCUGGAUAAGAGGCAACAACAGCAUCAAGAGAGGGGGGAAUUUUCACCAUGUUUGAGCCCUGCUGGUCUUGAUUCCAGAGAUCCAUAUGAGCUCCAACUUGGAGGAAGAAUGCUCUAUGAUACACAGGAAAUGCUAUUGAGAAGAAAAUUGGAGGAGCAGGCUGAAUUGCAGCAAGCCAUUGAACUCCAAGGGAGAAGACUAAUGAAUCUGCAGCUGCCUGACUUCAAGAAUAACCGCUUACCCCAGCACUAUCUACCCCAUCACUUCCGCAGUCUAUCUGUGGGUGCUCCUGUUCCCUUGAGCCCUCAAUCUCAUGCCCAGAUCAAUCAAAAUGUCAUUCCAUUUGAUAGCAUCAAACAAGAAGUUGCGGAAGGCCUUGGUGAUAUGCCACCUGCAUCAUUUUCUGUAUCUGCCGCGGUUUCUGAGCAGCAACUUCAGAAGGAAGUCAACAAUGCUAGUGAUGAAGGCAAGGAGCAAGGCUCAGAUGUUGAAGCUCAUGAUCUUCAUGAACGUGUGGAGCAGGUCCUUCCUGAUAGCCUUUUUGCGUCUCCUAAGCAUUCAGGUGGAGAUCAUACUGCAGCAGGAGAUCUUAAUGAGUCUGUCGUAGUUUCUGAAAACAACUCAUCAACAUCUGUCAAUCCUGCUAUUUGCACGGCUUCUCAGUAGUGCUCCUUCUAAAGCCAAGGGGCUACCUCUGCUUUCCAUUCUUUUGAAGUGUAGCUAAUAAUGGUGAGCAAGGCAGCAGGGAUUGACCUAGGAAAAGUAGGAGAAGCACAUAAAAGGAAGACAGCCUCUAGAUGUAUAGCUGAACAAUACCUACAUCAAAGAGUAGAUCCAUAGAGAAGAUCUCGACGACGACGAGUUCGCCAGUGUCAUGAAAUACAACAUACUGCUAACAGCAAGCAAAAUAGAUAUUUCCAUACAUAAUGGGACAAGUGAAAGAGUAGGAUUUCUCUCUUUCUGUGUACCAUCUCUGUAGGUGUGUGCUCCGAUCACACAAGCUAGAGCAGAACAAGUAUAAUAUUAGCUAGUAUUGUAUCUUUUGUAUGACAAUUAUCUACCAUAUAAACAACUUUUCGUUCUCUACUA